AUGGAAGGGAUGCUACAUGCAUCGAGACCCGAGCGGUGCCGUAGCCGAGGCCCCUCCGCCGCCUUCAACGCUUCAUCACCUCAGACAAUAAACUCCCGUUCAAGUGAGAAUCUGUCUGUGAUUCAGAGUCCAUCCAGCAUCACUGUGAAUGAAGGAGAAUCUACUCACAUCAGCUGCUGCUGGAAUGAAAUCACACAGAAAGUUAAAGUUGCUUGGUACAUCAAUGAGAAAAAACACACCGGAGUAAAGCAGGUACUCCAAGAGCAUAAAACACAGAACUGUUCAAUUCUGAAUCUCACAAACAUACUUAAAAACGCUUCAGGUCAUUAUGUUUGUGAAGUGACUCAAGACAUACCAGUCCUGCUUGAGAAGAAUGGUAGUGGAACAGUCUUAUCGGUCAAUGACAAUCUAGUAGAAACAACAACUGUCAGAGUUCACACACUUUUCAACCCAGCAGCUGGUGAGUACUUAUAA